UCACUUCUGGACUUAUUACUCCAAGAUCCAAGACCACAGCACCACGUAACCGUCUUGGUUGCUGAGCUCUUCGCAACUUGCAAACGACAUCAAAACUGUUCCCCGCCCACAACCAAGGACCCAUUCACCCAACAGCAGCGCUUGCAGACCGUGUCUCUCCCUGCAAAGGGUAGACAACAACAGUCCUUGUCCUUCCGAACAAACGCUCAGACGUUUGUUGUUGCUGUUGCUACGGCAAGUCCAUUCCUCUGUUCUAGUUAGUAGUAUUCAGUCCACCCAGCAAUGAGCUAUGCGUUGAGUUUGUAUUUUGCUGCCUUGUUGGAAGAGAAGAAGAUUAGCGACAAUGGCCAACGAUUGAAAGGAGACGGCGACAGCAGUUCGCCAAUAGAAGUGAUAUUCGACAAUGCGCGGCUUCCUGCUCCUGUUUGGGAACCGAACCAUUCGUUUGGUGCGAUGAUGAUGAGUUCUAUUAGCGAAAUGCACGACUCUUCGUGUCAUACUCGAUCGACCAUUUCGACUUGCACGUCGACACUUAGCUCUGGCAGCAACAACAGCUGCCUCAGUGCCGGCAGUACAGGGUCCAACAGCAGCGCAGGGUCUUGUCGAUGGGAUAGUAACCCGUCCAGUAGCAAGGAAAAGAACACCAACGACGGUUCACUGAAGAGACCCAAGAGACCAGGACGCAAGACGUCCGACAACACGAAACAUCGAGGCGAGGACACAACGAUGAAAGACAUUCGCGUGGAGCCGCCGCCACGCAGCAAGAAGUAUGACAAGCCCCAAAGACCAAAGAGAACUAGCAGCAACGGAAGCGCUAGUAGCAGUAGUAGUCGAACGGAGAAGCGAACCAACCACAAGAACCGUCGUUGCAAGGAGCUCGACCAAAAUGCUCAGUCACCUGCGACGUCGUCGUCUUUGGACAAGAUGUUGUUGCACUCCAAGAAGCUUUCCGUGACGAACAAUGCUCAGUCCUCGGGUGGAACGCGAGAAAGCGAUUCGUCAUCUGAAAACUCACUCAAGGAAAUUUUUCGAUCCGCGUCACAUCAAAGAAGACAUGGGUCCGGUGAUAGCGGUCCGGUGAUGGCCAAGCCAUUGCCGGCAGCGCGGACCUCUCCCACUCGAACUGUCAAUGAGAUAUUGGGGCAAUCCAUGGAGGAACUCCAAAUAUCGUGGUAAGGAGGAAGAGUUGGGCAUGUCCAUGCAUUGCAAGACGAACUUACCAAGAAAGGGAACUAUGCGAAUGCUGCACCUUUGAAGUGCGGUGCUCGCCAACGCAGCUAUGCGGACAAGCGGGCAGGAUAAGACACUGUUGCUCAAUUGGAUUGAACAGCAGCAAUUGUCGUCCUGCGGAUGAUGUUCGCGAGGCGCUGCGGAACAAAUUGCUAGGCUACCAAGCACGAGACUACGAAAGUACUGUCGCCAUUCGAAAAUGUUGAGAGGCAGUAGAUAUAAAAGGACGCUCGUAGUGAUCGGCUGGUUUUAUUCUUU